AUGGUUGGCAAAUGCCAGCGUCGCGAUCCACCAUGUAAGUAUCUGCAUCCACCGCAGCACCUGAUGGAGCAGUUGCGCCAGAAUGGUCGCACCAACCUGGUGAUGAAAAACAUGCAUCUCCAGCUGCUGCAGCAACAGUUACUCGCACAGUCGGCCGCAGUGGCCGCGGCCGCGGCCAAUCUGAACGCCGGUGGGGGCGCCAAUGUCAACGUGAAUGGCAGCGUGUCUGCGUCGCAGUCGGCGUCGAACGGACACUUGACUCCGGGCGUUGGAGUUGGUCUGGGUCCUCCGUCGGCAGCUUCAGCAGCCGCCGCGGCCGCGGCUGCAGCCGCAGCCCUCAUGUCCGGGGGCUCCAGACUGUCGGUGGCCAGUCCACCGACGGGGGGACUCGCGCUGUCCGGAGCCGGUGGAGGUCAGGUGAGUCCGACAGCAGCAAUUGCCGCUGCAGCUAUGGCUGCCGCUUACGCCAAGGGCCUGGCCGCAGCAGUUUCGGCGGCCGGGUCUCCGCAUUCAGCGCCUGGUGGGGGGCAGUGUCAAAGUCCCGGAGUUGGACUCGCUCACAUGUCCGGCCUGGGAAUACCGACUAUAUCCGUCUCAGAAGCUAUGGCGGCUGCUGCCGCAGCAGCAGCAGCUGCCGCAGCCAACUCG